UAUAAUCACAAUAUCAAACUUGAUGUGGGUGCCAAUUAAUUUAAUGAGGUUGUAUUUGAAAUGUUUUAAAUUUUAUAAAACAUAAUUUCAGAUACUCUGGUGGGAUCUAGAUAAUGCCACCUAAGAAGAAACCAAAUGAACGAAAAAAACGUGAAUUAGAGAGACAGAAAAAACAGAUAAAAAGAAAUAAUAAACCGGAUAUCAAAUGCUGCAGUGUGUCAUCAUUUGCCAACAUCAACCCAGUCAAUCAUAACAGCACUGAUAGUAGAGUUCCAGAAGAAAUCAUCACUGCAGAGUCUACAUCUGUAGAUUGUGCAGAAACUUCAUUUCAAUUGGAUGAUGGAAUAGGAGUACAAGUUCACAAGUAUUUUGAAGACCAAAGAAAGAGAAAAGAACAAAAGCAAAGAUAUAUAUUGAAGAGAAGAAAUGAUUCUUUGUAUGCAAAAAGAGAACAGAUCGAAAAUAGGGAAAGAAAAAGAAUUGAAAGAAGUAAUCCCUGGAAAAGGUAUGCUGAAGCCAAAAAGGACAAAGAACGUAGAAAAAAAUACAGAAAGCAGCCCAGUAAGAAGAAUUUAGAAAAUGCUAGAGAAACACCAUGUAAAAGACAGAAAAGAAAUGACCCAUUCUACAGAGAAACAGAGGCUCAACAGGACAAAGAACGCAGGAAAAAUUACAGGGAUCAGCCAGGGAUAAAGGACAAUGAAAAUGCAAGAGAAACACCAUGUAAAAGACAAAAAAGAAAUGACCCACUGUACAGAGAUACAGAGGCUCAACAGGACAAAGAACGUAGGAAAAAUUAUAGAGAUCAGCCAGGGAUAAAAGACCAUGAAAAUGCGAGGGAAACAUCAUGUAAAAGACAGAAAAGAAAUGACCCAUCGUUCAGAGAAACAGAGGCUCAACAGGACAAAAAACGCAGGAAAAAUUAUAGAGAUCAGCCAGGGAUAAAAGACCAUGAAAAUGCAAGAGAAACACCAUGUAAAAGACAAAAAAGAAAUGACCCACUGUACAGAGAAACAGAGGCUCAACAGGACAAAAAACACAAGAAAAAUUAUAGAGAUCAGCCAGGUAUAAGAGAUCUUAAAAAUGCAAGAGAAACACCAUGUAAAAGACAAAAAAGAAAUGACCCACUGUACAGAGGAACAGAGGCUCAACAGGACAAAAAACGCAGGAAAAAUUAUAGAGAUCAGCCAGGGAUAAAAGACCAUGAAAAUGCAAGAGAAACACCAUGUAAAAGACAAAAAAGAAAUGACCCACUGUACAGAGGAACAGAGGCUCAACAGGACAAAAAACGCAGGAAAAAUUAUAGGGAUCAGCCAGGGAUAAAAGACCAUGAAAAUGCGAGGGAGACCCCUCAACGAUACCAUCAUCGCAACUCUCAGUUUAAUGCAGAUGUGGCCGUUGCAACUUUUUUAUCGAGGAUUCAAGAAGGGCCUAGAUUUCUGAAGAAAAAUGAACUUCCAUCAUUAGCUGUGUGCAAUAAUCUACAACUAGAUGACACUCCUCAGGUUCUGAAAGAUCUAAAUGCUUUAGAAGUAUCGUUUGUUGCCAAAAGAAUUCCGUUUAUGAAGUUAUUAGCAUUGCCAAGAGGAAAGCAGAAGUCAGUACAUGGUUGUGUCGUAAAUAUCCCUGUAGAACCAAAGCAAACUGUGUCUGUUUUACCUCGAGUUCCAUCCUCAGCAUCAAUGAUAAUGGUCAAAUUAAAAAGAAAACUACAUUACAGAGGACAUGUGUUCUUGCAAAAUAUUCAACCUCAGAGGGUACUUCAUGCAUUGCAUACUUUGCGGUCAAUAAAUCCUUUGUAUAGUGACAUUACCGUGGAUCCUGAGUGGAUGCAAAAUAGCUCCCUUGACUCACCUGAAUUGUGGGAUUCUCUCUCAUCUCCAUUGGAAAAAUCAUCACAAGAAUCAUCAUCUGUGAAUGUUAUACCACUAACCACUCCUGUCAUACACCCUUCAACAUCUACAGGGGAUACAGCAGAAUAUGACUAUGAUGAGAAUGAAGAAGAAAAUGAAAGAAGUCGUCUAAGUGGUAUUCCAUACAAUACAUGCAUUCAACCUAAAGAUUUAAGCUCUGAAGACAACAUCAUACUCUCAAUAGCACCAGGAGAAGGAAAGAAACCAAAAGGUUUUGAUGAUGAUAAGUUCUCAGAGCAACUUAGUUUUCCACAUCUUUUUCCAACUGGAAUGUUUGGAUAUACAAUGUCAAGAGAAAAAAAGAUUUCAAUAAAGAAAUACUUCCAGUCCAGGCUUCUCAAUGCAGAUGGGAGAUUUGCCAAGAGUAUAGAGUAUAUUUUUUAUGCCCAAUAUCGCUGUGAAGCAGAAGAUGUCAAAAGUUGCCUUUCAAUUGCUUUAAGGAAAGGUAGACAAACAGAAAUCACGGCCGGAGAUGUAAGAGAAAAAUUGAACAAUUUUGUGCGAGGUGAUCUGGGUAUUCAUUUUCUACAAAAAGUUCGUGGAUCUCCAGCAUAUUUUAAUAAGAUGUUUUAUGAUUUGCUUGGAAUGAUAAGACAGCUUGGUCCAUGCACGUGGUUUCUAACUUUAUCUGCUGCAGAUCUGAAGUGGACUGACACAAUUAAAGUUCUUGCUCAGCAGCAGGGGAAGGACCUUUCAGAUGAAGACAUUGAAAAUCUGUCAUGGGAAGAACGAUGUGACUUCUUAAGAUCUAAUCCAGUUACUGCAGCUAGGCACUUUGACAACAGAGUUCAGCUUUUUCUUAAAUACAUUCUGCUAAAUAAACAGCUGAAUCCAUUGGGAAACAUUACAGAUUAUAAAUACCGAAUUGAAUUUCAACAGCGCGGUUCACCACAUGUGCACAUGGUGGCAUGGGUAGACAAUGCACCAUCCAUUGAGAAUAACAGCUUGCAAGAAGUGAAAAUGUUCAUAGAGAAUCACAUAUCCUGUGAACUUCCGGAGAAUGAUGAUCACUUGCACAGACUUCUUUGUACUGUUCAGAAGCAUACCCACUCUGUGGCUUGCAAAAAGCAUGGGCAGAAAUGCAGAUUUCAUUUUCCUCGGCCGCCUCUGAAGCAGACUAUUGUUGCCAAACCUCCAAGUGAGCCUCCACCAGCUUCUGUGCAAGAACAAUACUCAGCAGUAUUAACAGCUGUUCAAGAAGAGUUGGCAAAGCUCAAGCCUGAUGAGAAAAUUUCUUUGGAUGAACUUCUUCAGAGAGCAUCUGUUAGUGAAACUUUGUAUGAGAAAGCCUUGAUUUGGAUUUCAACAAAGAAUGGUCAACCUGCUGUACUUUUAAAAAGAACUCCAGCUGAAGUGAAUAUCAAUAAUUACAACAGACAUCUCAUGUUGGCUUGGCAGGCCAACCUAGAUGUACAAUUUGUGACAAAUACAUAUGCUUGUGUUAUGUAUGUGGCAUCAUAUGUAUCAAAACCAGAGAAGACACUUGGAGAUAUACUCAAAGCAGUUAGUGCAUCUGGAGAACACUUAGGCCCCAAAACGUCCAUGAAAAGUGUUGCAAAGAAAUUCUUAACACAUCGGGAGGUCAGUGCGCAAGAAGCUAUUUAUAGAUUGAUGUCUUUACCGCUUGUGCAAGGAUCACGGCAGAUUGUCUUUGUACCAACAGAUCUCCCAGAGCAAAGAACACGACUUUUCAAGCCCCUAAAACUUCUUCAGAUGUUGGAAGAUGAUGAUGCAGACGUUUUCAUGACAGGUAUACUGGAGUACUAUGCAGCUCGACCUAGUAAGCUUUCUGAGAUGACACUUGCAGAGUUUGCCUCAAAGUACAAAAAGUCGUCCAACAAAACACUGGAUAAAAGUGACGGAAAAAAAAUUCAGCUUCAGGGAGGCUUUGGUGUAAUGAGUCAGAGAGGUACUCCAGCAAUUAUAAGGUACCAUCAGUGGUCUGAGAAGAAGCAACCUUCACAGUACUAUCAUUCCCAGUCCUUGGAGAGAUGA